CAGGGAUGGUAUCAACACCUGGGGCCUUGUUGUUCGGCAGUUGGCUCAUUGCCCACACAACUUUUUCCUGAAGGAUGGGUGGUUCUAUUUCUGCUUCCCUUUCCUCAUCAUCCUGAGGAGGUUAGGCCUCUUUGCUGCUGGCAUAUAGCUUUUCUGUAUAUUCUCGCUAUCUGUUCUUAACACCUUGUUGGUCAGACAGCUCUUUUCCUUGCUUGUUUUUGAUGAUGUUUUUAUGAGCAGUAAAUGGUGUUCAAAUCCUUUUGAUUUGUGCAAAUGCAUUCCUGACAUGGUCCUUCAUGCAGUCCUCUUCUAGCUGCUUGCAACACUGGUCCCAGUAAACUUCAUUGUCUUUCUUUGCUGUUCUUUGGAAAUCAGCAUUCAAUCUCCUUGCUUCCUCCCAUUUGCCUGCAGCUUUGGCUCCCCUCUUUUUUUUUGCUUGGCUACUCUGAUGGUUUCAUCUGAGAGCCACUUGUGCUUUUCCCCUGGUAUCCUGGUAUCUUCCAGUAAUUUCUCAGAUAUCCUAAUAUCUUCCAGUAAAGUAAUGGCUGCAAGUCUUGUGACUUCCAUUAGGUGUCUCUAACAUAACAUUUGAUGCGUUUCUGCCACAAAGCCAGAAAUGAUUAAGUGUAAGUAAACCUGGAGAAAAAUGCUAUUGGAGGAGGACUUGUUGAAUAGAUUCUGUUUCUGGAUUCUUUGCAACUCAGUAAGUCUGAUGGAUUAUUUCUUAGCAGACUUAGGUCAAAGAUUGUGCCAUUAGGCAUAAAACUGUAUUCUUUCUUUCCUUCCAAAUGGAGUAAGAAGCUGCAGUUGCAAGCUGUGUCAGAAGAACAUGGUGAAACAUUGAAAAAAAUCCUGCUUUCUAAAUUAAAUUUAGUUUAGUUUCUUAUGAACACCUAAAGAAGAAUGAAUUUGAGAAAACCAAGCAACCAGACAGGAAGCGUACAUAAGGCUGGAACAAUCCUAAGGAUUCUGACUUAAAAUGGGAAUUUAACAAGGUAAAUCAAGUUUAAGCAUUCCACCCUUGAAGACCUCCUAUACGUAAAAUUCUUCUCAUCAUGGCUGUUGAGAUAUUUGGGUAUCCAAAUGUUCUCAGCUGGUUGCUCCUGCUAUCAAGCCUGGAAAGUUAUUUUGCUGCUGGAGACCUGUAUUUGCAACUUCCUCAGAAGAAUUCUAGUGCUUUAAAUAAAGCAGACCCCUUUGAUGCUACAGAAUCAGGACGAGAUGAGAGACUACAUAUUUUCACAGUGGACUAUGAAUAUGUGCAAAUCCCCUACGAAGUUACACUUUGGAUACUCUUGGCUUCCCUUGCGAAAAUAGGUUUCCAUCUCUACCAUCGACUUCCACACUUCAUGCCAGAAAACUGUAUCCACAUUGUCAUGGGUGCUUUAGUUGGUGGGAUUAUUUUUGGCACCCAUCACAAAUCUCCACCAGUUAUGACUACCAGCAUUUAUUUCUUAUACCUCCUUCCACCCAUUAUCCUUGAAGGAGGUUAUUUUAUGUCCACCCGUCCCUUUUUUGAAAACUUUGGUUCAAUUCUUUGGUGGUCUGCAAUGGGUUCCCUCAUCAAUUCCUUUGGCAUUGGAUUGUCACUUUAUGGGAUUUGCCAGAUCACACCCUUUGGCCUCCAGGAUGUGAACCUGCUUGACAGCCUGUUGUUUGGCAGCAUGAUCUCAGCGGUGGAUCCUACAGCUGUCUUAACUGUCUUUGAGGAGAUGUCAGUUAACGAACAGCUUUACAUGAUGAUAUUUGGAGAAUCCUUAUUAAAUGAUGGGAUAACUGUAGUCCUAUACAACAUAUUCAUUGACUUUACCCAGAUGCAUAAAUAUGAAACGAUUGAACCCGUUGACAUCCUGGCUGGCUUUGCUCGCUUUUUUGUGGUCAGUCUUGGAGGGCUUCUCUUCGGCAUUGUCUUUGGAUUUGUGGCUGCUUUUAUGACUCGAUUCACCCAAAACAUUUCUGCCAUUGAACCUCUCCUGGUCUUCAUGUUCAGUUACCUGUCCUAUUUAACCGCAGAAACACUUUACAUAUCUGGCAUCUUGGCGAUUACAGCAUGUGCAGUAACAAUGAAGAAAUAUGUGGAGGCCAAUGUUUCUCAAAAUUCCUACGUAACUAUAAAAUACUUCAUGAAAAUGCUGAGCAGCGUCAGUGAGACCCUGAUCUUUGUGUUCAUGGGAGUGUCUACAGUUGGUCGGAACCAUGAGUGGAACUGGGCUUUCAUUGGCUUCACCCUGCUCUUCUGCAUGCUCUGGAGGGCACUAAGUAAGUUAUACUUGCAGUCUCAUUGGAAAGAAACUUGGUGGAUGAAAGGCUUUGAACAGUGUUAG